CAUCUCCUUUCCCCCUUCACGUUACCAUCUCUCCUCUACCCUUUGCCAUGACAAGAAGUACAGGAACCAGGCUGUAUCGCGCCUGUAUCCGGUGUCGACAACGUAAAACGAAAUGUGACCUGUAUGUACGAAUCCCUAUCUUGUGGUUGAUCAUUCAGUUGUGUGACCUUUCCUCAGGAAAUUCGCAAGUGAGAAUGGAAAUGAACCCUGUACGAAAUGCUCUCUGGAGGGGUCCAGCUGCGUCAUCGCUGGGUCAAAUAGAGGUGGCGACUACUCAAAAUUCAGGAAACGGCACAAGCGACAGUCCAUACGACAAGUGAUCCCCGAGCCCGGCAGCUCAGAGCACCGGAGCGGCGCUUCUAGAUCGCCAAUUGACAAAGUCUCAGAGAACACACAAGACCCUAGUAUCAGUGGUGGGAUACAGAAUCCUCUGGAAGCUUUGCAGAUCUUAGCACAGACGGCGUCUAGCGAGCCAAUGGCCGAAAGAACCCAUACUUUCCCUCAACCUCCUGCAAAAGACUUGUCGCGUCCAGGUGAAACGUGCAGUCGUUUCUCGCGCAGUAGUGCCAGUCUGAAGGAAUCCGAGCUCAUUCGGAAAGGCAUUAUAGAUACUGAAUCCAUUGAACCACUUUUGCGAUAUUAUGCCAACAACUACCACUGCUAUCUGCCAAUUGUGCCAAACCACUUAUUGUGUGGGGGAAAUUGGGAGCACUACCCGAUUGACGAGACAUUUUUGCUAACCUCGGUCCUGACGAUAGCGACCCAGGACCGGCAUGGCUUAGAACAUCUACACGCGAGAGUCCUAAGCUAUAUGGAAAAGCUUCUGCUCCGCGUCGUCCUGGGCUCCAAGAGCCUUCGACAUGUCAGCUCCGUGGAGGGUCUGUUGCUAUUGGCUGAAUGGGUACCCCAUGUCAACUCGGGAACCAGUUCACGUAGUGAUAUACUGGUAGAACACACAGAAGCAAGGGAGGAAGAUAGUCUUGCAUGGAGUCUCAUCGGACUGGCAGUCAGGCAAGCCUAUCUGCUACAUCUUGAAAAGCAUUCCUUUCGCGACGAGGUGAAAGCCGAGUCGGAUGGAGCUUUCGAUCGGAAGCGAUUGGCCUGGAUAUUCACAUACCUUGCGGAUCGACAAAUAUCUAUCCAGAUGGGCCAAGCAUUCUGGUGCCGCGGGCCCGGACUGUCCACUCAUUUCACUGCGCAUGACUACCCAUCACUUCACCCACACAAGGCUGGCCAGGUUGACUAUGCAUCCUUUAUCCAAGCCCAGGUCGAGCUAACAACCAUAUUCGGAAACGUACAUGAUAUAUUAUAUGCGUCCAAGUCGCGCACAGUUCAGUUGAUACUAAUGGGUGAUUACAUAAAAUAUCUGGACGACAGUGCAAAAGCAUUGGACAUGUGGAAACGAUCAUGGAGUGAUUUCGACGUUCCGAGCCAUCUGAAGGGACUUCUAAUGCUCCAGUUUGAAUACCUGCGUCUUUACAUGAACGCCUUUGCAUUCCAAGCAGUUCUUUAUCGAUCAUCUAGGGAGGAAGGCCCAGCAGGUCAUGAGAAAAUGGUGUCAUACUUUCCGUACAGCGUCAUGGCAAGCCCGGAUGGCCGCCACAUAUACCUUACCAUCGAUGCAGCAAAAGGUGUUCUCAGGGAGCUGCUAAAUCGGCUCAAUCCCACCAUGCACUUAAGAUUUCUUCCUGUACGAUACUACUUGUAUGCGAUCCACGCAUCAGUGUUUCUUUUCAAAGCCCACACUGUUGGAGCAUUGAGUCCUGGAGAAUAUCAGACCUGUUUCACUCUGACCAGACAAUUUAUCUCUAUGCUGAACGCCGCAGCUUCGACUCCCAAACACAUUGCUUCCAAAUAUGCCAAAUUGCUUGCGAGCCUUUGGCUCCAAGGACAGUCAGCUCCUGAAAAAGCCAACGAUACCACCUUUCACGGAGCAGAUUCAGGACAAGAAUCAGCGGUUCCCGUGUUGAAUCAAACUACAGUAGUCCCUGGACAGCCUCAGGACGUCCCACAAUGUACUCAUGCUGAGAGCUCAGGCCUGCAGUGGCCGGUCACGGACAUGUCCUCAAGCGCUGGAGGACUAGCAUUCAUGGAUUCUCUUGAUCCUUUCGAUUGUCCCGAUGCCUUUCUAUGCAAUUUACCGUUUUUGCGGGCUGGAUUCCCUGAUCUAGAUGACGACGUGAGUCAGUUUCUGAUGGCUGAUUUGUAGUCUUUACCGUUCACUUCUCAAGCUGGUCCUUUGCCGUUGUCAGAGCUCUAUUAAUGUACUUCAAU